GGAAGGAAGUCGAAGGGCCUUGUUGGUGGUAGAAAGAAAGUGAACAUGAUCUCCGUGCAAUCUUUGGGAUCAGCGGAAAAAAAGAGGGUCGUGCGGUGUCGGCGGUUUCGGAAAAAUCUUCUCUCCGCGAAGGGGACCACGACAAGCGGGGGCCACAACGACAAUAAAUGGAGACAACGAGCAGGGAGGGUGGCUGCAGCAGCCUCUUGGAGAGGCAGUCAGCGAUUUUUCGGAAAGAUCAACAUCAAGCACAAGACUUCGCGCCUAAGCAGCUCAUCUACACGGCUGGUAGAAAGAACGCGGGAUCACCCCGCCGCAGCAAAACUCCAACCCUCUUUUCUCCCCCUCACCGUGAAGCACUACGCGUUUCUGAUUUCGGAUAUUCUACCACAGUUCCU